GUUUGGGUAAGACGAUCCAGACCUUAUGCUUUCUUUCCUACCUGAGCGCCAUGAAGGUCGACGGCCCGCACCUAAUUGUUGUUCCGCUUUCCACUGUCGGCAAUUGGCUGCACGAAAUUCACCGCUUUACUCCUUCUCUUACACACAUUAAGAUUUGCGGCUCCCGAAACGAACGCCAACACGCCAUGCAAGAUCGCUUGGCGGCAAAGGGUCUUUAUGACUUGUACGUCACAACCUAUGAGACAGUGAAGAGCGAAGAGGAAUUCUUCGUCGAGCAAAUUCCCCAUUGGCAGUGUAUUGUCCUAGAUGAAGCUCAUCGUAUAAAGAACGCUUCCGGGGCAAUUCGACACUCGCUUGAUCGAGUGCAGGGGAAUAUGCGGCUUCUGCUUACGGGUACCCCGUUACAGAACAACGCACAGGAGUUGUUUACUCUCAUCAACUUCCUUAUGCCUGAUGUUUUCAGGGAUUCUCUCGUCAUUGAACAGGCCUUCGCGCAGAACGCCAAGUCCGCAGCCGGGAAGUCGGGUGGCAAGCAGCCCCGUGGGCGUUCAAAAGCGGCGGCAUUGGCGGAGAUGGAUGUGGAUACGAUGUUUAAACAGGAGGAUUUGAACAAGAUACGGCAGCUGUUAGACCGCGUCAUGUUGCGGCGUCUCAAGGAACAGGCCAUUGCUUUGCCGCGAAAGGUCUUCCAUGAUAUUUGGCUGCCAAUUUCCGAUUUGAGCGCAAAGUGGUAUCGCAGACUCCUUGAAAUCAAAUCCCUUCAGGAGGAAGCCCGUUCUAACUCCGCCAGAGUCAACUUCAGAAAGAUGCUCGGGCUCGUCAUCAAGAUGCGAAUCUUGUGCGCUCACCCCAAAGGCGUUUGUGCAAGGGAGUCGCAACUGCAGCGAUUGCAGGCUUUCUUUAGCCAAGAAGACCCAGCGCUUCAGGAAGAGGUGACAAAGGCAGCUAGGGAGUUGCAGGCCGUUGAAGGCGCGGCGCACCUCGCAGGCUCCUCGAAGUUGCUGUUUUUGGACAAAUUGAUGUGCCACUUGCAUUUCUUGAACUGCAAAUAUGUGCCGGCCUACGAGAGGGACUACAUGGCUCACAAGAACGACGCGGCCACUUACGAGUUUUACAAGCGGCAUGAGGAGGCGGUACUGACGGCGUUGGCAGAGGGGAGAAAACCCCCACGACGACCGAAGCGCAGCGAACUGAUCGGCAUUCCCGAGUAUAGGGCGUUGUUGGAGAGGGGUAUGCCGAACAGAGACCUGACAACAGCGAGGGAUGAGUCGUUUCUUAAGGAGGGGCUCUUCGCUGCUGAACCCGUGAUGCCAACGAAGGAUUCAUGUAACCCCGAACUGCAGGAACGAAAGAGAGGUCAGGGAGAAGAUGAUGACGUAUCGGAUAACGAGGGAGUAGGCAAACGGAAACAAGAACCCGCAGAUGCAGACGUAUCAGAUGCAGAUGCUGUGGCCGCACAAACGUCUGCAGAGGAUCAGCCUCGCAGCAGGACCGAGCGGCGCGCCCGACGAAACCUGAUUGUGGACGACGAUGAUCUGGUGCCGGUAGACAGCGGUGCAUCCGCAGCAGCAGGACAAUCCCAGGAAGGAGCAGCGGGAGGGGCAACGGACGUCGCACCUUCAACACCAACAGCUCCAGCUGGUCAGGAGGCAGGAGGGGAGACCGAAACUGCAGCAAUGGCUGUGAAGAGUCCUGAAGAGAAGCGCGAAGGCGAUGACAAGAGUAACUUGCCCACAGCCUGUUGCACAGGGAGCCCGGCAAGUCACAAGGACCACAAGGAGGGUGUAGAUUCCCUUGAAGGGCAGCCUGUGAAGGCUGAGCCCAUCGUUGCUGCAGCUUCUCAAGCACAGGCAGACGAUACCAAGAGGGAAGUACUUGUCGCAACGACACCAGCCGCUGCAGGAGCAACAGCACCAGUUCAGGGCACUGAGGGCCAGACAAAGGCAGAAUCGUCGCCAGACAGUGAUCGCAGCGAUCUAAAGAGCAACGGGGGAGAUAAAGCAGCAAAAAGCGAGGCUGCCAACACUCCCAGGGUUCAGCGGCUUUUGAUUUUCACGCAGUUUCAGUUGGUUUUAGAUGAGCUCGAGGCGUAUUGCAAAUACAGGGGCUGGCGCUAUCUUCGGCUGGACGGGUCCACGAACAAGUUUGUGCGGGAGUUAGACAUUCGGGACUUCAACAAUGACAACACAUGUUACUUCGUCUAUUUAAUAUCCACAAGGGCUGGGGGCUUAGGCAUUAACCUCACUGCGGCGAACCACGUGGUGAUAUACGACCACGACUGGAAUCCGUUCAUUGAUCUUCAGGCCGUCGACAGAGCGCACCGCAUCGGGCAGCAACGGGAAGUGCACGUUUGGUCAUUGGUGAGCGAGUGGACUGUGGAGGAGCGGAUGGCGUUUCGUCGGGAGCAGAAGCUGCGCCUGGACAAGUUGCUGGUGCAGCAGCAGGUAGAGGAAGAGGCGGAUGCACUAGACGGCGAGGAAGGCGAAGACAUCAAGGAACAUAGAUCCGAGAAAAUAUCAACUGAUGAAGUCCGAAGGCUUAUGCUCCACGGCAAAAAGGCAAUUGUUCAAAUGGCGUCAACGGGUACUGAGGACAUCGCCAAUCUGUGUUUGGAGGAUUUGGUUUCGCGUGCUAGGCAGCCGCUACCUGUGCUUGGGGAGGACGAGGAGCCGUUGGUUUUGGAGGGUUCGGCGUCGUUCGAGGAGGACAUGGACGAGAAAAACUUGGUCGACAUCAACGAGGUGAUGGAUGAAGAGGCCGAAGAGCGGCGCAACCAGCAGCAGCUGGCCGAGGGCACAGAGGAGCCGGCAGCGCCAGAGGGGCCGUGUGAAGGUGGUGUAGGUAAACCCUCCACCGAAGGGGAGGAGGCAAAGCCCAGCGGGAGCACUUCUCCCGGAGGGGGAGCUGAAGAGGAGGUAGAGGUCUGCGAGGCGCCGACCACAGCAGGAAGUGGCACCAAGGGAGGCCUUGAGGCGGAGCUGCAGAGCGCAGGAGUCUUGUGGCGCUCCGGAAGAGAGCGCAAAAAGCCUGUGGCCCUUUACGUGCCUCAGGAGUUCACGCAGAGAGAGGAGCGACGGAAGCUGCGUCACGAGACGCGGUGCUUUGUGUGCGGCAACGGAAAGGAUCACGUACAGAGCUCGGUGGACCGAGAGGGGAAACCGGUGGAGGUGGCGUAUGACUACUGCCGUUAUAACGUAGGCGAGGACUACUACAUGCAGCUUCGACAGCGGGGCAUGAACGUAACUCCGCAUAACUGGAUUUUGCUUCUAUGCUCAAAGUGCAAAGCUGUAGAGGAGCAGCAAACGCGAAGACGGCUGACGAAGGAGGAGAAAGAUCACGAGAAGUUGAUGCAGCAAGAGCUGCGGCAGCAACAGCGACAACUGCAUCUAGACGGUGCGAGAUUGCGGCUUGAAAAGGAUGAAAUGAAACAUUUGCAACGCCAGAGGGCAGAGGAGGAGCGGCGCCUGUUUGAUCGUAAGCAAGCUGUUGAUAGGCUGGAUGAGGCGGCAGAGAUCUCAUUGAGACAGGCGUACCAACGGCUUUUCCCUGAAGCCUUCCUUGCGGAGAUCGAGAAGAGAUCGGCCGCAGCAAAAGCAGCACAGAGAGCUUCCCGAGAGGCUGCUGUAGCCGAGGCGAUGAAUGCUGCUGCUGCUGCGGGAGCCGAUGGGCAAGCUGCCCUGGCGUCAGCAGCAGCUGCAGCGAUAAAGAAGGCGUCGAAGAAACCGACGAACCAACUGGCGAACAUGAAGCUUCCCUCUCAGAGUCUUUCGGUUUGUGACAACUGUCGCUUCCCUUGCCAUGGCGUCAAGGAGUACCCAGGCCCGUGCUGCUUUCCAGAUGAAGUCAUCCAAAAAUUCGUGGCUCGCGCGAGGCCAGCCUCGCAGUCCGAACCGAACUCAGGAGGGGGAGGCGCAGGAGCAGCAGGGGGAGCAGACGGUGUUAUAGAACUGGACGCCUCUCCUGGAGAGGGCGGAACGGCGAAAGAGGGUUCCGAUGCAUCUGCUUCUCCUGGCAUUCCACAGAGUGCAUUGAGAGCGCUUGCGAGCUCAGCCGCCUUGCUGCAGGGCGGGUUUCCGGAUGCGGGAGGGUCUGCUUCGGCAACUGCAGCAGCCGCAGCUGCUGCUGCAGGCUGUGAUCAGAGAGUGAAGUACAUGCAACGGCAAGUCUGUGCGGCGUGCCAUGAGUGGCGGAUUGGGAAGCGGUCCCACACACGAAAGCACUGUCUGACGCUCACGGCAGAGCAACGCCAGGAGUAUGAUGAACGGCGAGCUAAAAUGCUUCUUGUCGCGGAGUUGCUGCGUACGAAGGAUCCCAUCCCCGACGCAAACCCGGGUGCAUACCCAUCGGCAUCUCCUCAGCGACUCAAAGCAUUCUUCCAGCAGUACCAGGAAGCGGCUGACCGAAUAUUGGAAGAAUGUAUGGUGGCUGCUGGUCUUCAGCACGCCAUCGCUUCGCGUUUCACCUCAAGCAAGAAGGUCGUGCCGUCUCCCAUUGGUCAAGCCCCUGUUGCAGCAGGCCAGGGAUCCCAGAACAAUGUACCAUCGCUAAACAGCGUGGCUGCGAGUAAAGAUCGCAUUUCCAUGAUUUUGAACCGUAGCAAGGAGAUGCUGCUCAUGAAGCGGCAUAUGGAACUGCAAGUGUUGGCGACUCUUUCAGCCGCGAAUGGACGAGGUCCUGGGCCGAAUUUAGCUAACCUGAACAACGACCAGAAGAAACUUCUUGGUAGUUCAGGUGAAGGGGAGAAGCCGCUUAUGACACCACCGUCAGACACCAACAGCGAAGUGGAAGUGAUCGGAGUCUCAAGGGUGGGUGCGCCUACGGCAGACGUUUCGUCUGUUGCUCCAGGGGCGAACUGCGCCCCAACUGUUGCAGAAGCUGUCCCUACAGCUGCUGGUGCAGUUGCUGCGCCGGAAGGUGCAGUAAAGGCGGCUGUCGGUAAACGGCAAAGCGCUGAUGCACCGAAUAGCGGCGCCCGCGGCGCCACCGUUGCGGCACUUCCUGCCGCUUCGAAACGGCAACGAAGAACGGUACCCAUCAAGACGGCAGAUGCAGUGGCGGCGUAUGUACAAGCAGCGGAAAUGGGGGGCGGCUCUAUUGCUGCAUCAGCUGUAGCGGCGGCGGUGAAGCAGAAGCCGAUUAUUGAGUUUUUCAAGUCCAGGAACAAAGCGGCAGCCUCAGCUAUUGGAGGGUUAACGAAGCAGCCCUUGCUAGCCGGGGCCGGAGGGCAAGGAGCCUCGCGUCCGGGAGGAAUGGCUGGUGCAACUUUAGCCUCCUGGGGCCCUAAACCAGCCUCAGACACAGAGAGCGAUUGA